GGGAUUACAGGCAUGAGCCACCACACCUGGUGUAAAUUUUCAUAUUUAUCAAAAUUAGACCGUAUUUCUCACUGAUUAAACUUUAAUAAUUGUUAUAAAUUUGAACUUGUAAAAUUUAUAGUAAAUGUCAUAUUGCUCUUUAUAUAUUGGGGGUUUGCAUAAGAUUUUAUUGAAAAACGAUCUUAUUUCUGCACUGUUUGAACAUGACUGUGUUAAGCCUGUCUCUGAAGGUCUGGAGCCUCGGAGGUGAAGCGUGCUUGUUUUCCUGCAGAUUUCAUGAGCACCGGAGGUUUGUGCUGCAGCGCUUGGUCUUCUUGGCAGCAUUUGUUGUGUAUUUGGAAACAGAAACGCUAGUGACUCGAGAGGCGGUUACAGAAAUUCUUGGCAUUGAGCCAGAUUGGGAGAAAGGAUUUCAUCUGGAUGUAGAAGAUUAUCUCUCAGGAGUUCUGAUUCUUGCCAGUGAACUGGAAAGCAGCCCAGGGCUGGUCUGAUGAUUCCUUGAUCUUUGGCCCGAGGUUCUUCCAGCCUCAGCUUCUUUCUUAUGUUCCAGAACUGUUGCUUUAUGCACAUCUUCACUGUAGCCGGCAACAGGAGGAAAUGGGGAAAGAGUAUGCCCUCCCACUUUGAGGCAAUUCCUUUGAGGCUGUACACACAAGUUCUAUUUAAUAUUCUGGUGCCUUGCCUGCAGGGGAGGCAGAAAUGGAGUCAUUGGAGUGGGUGUGUGUGCAUUGAAAACCUGGGGAAGAUGGGGAGUGUGGAUAAUGGGGUUCGUUUGCCGACUGUCCCACUGGUCUGACUUUUGGAGACACCAGACCAGGAAACUUGAAGCACCUUGUCGGUAUUGGUUGUUAAGUGUGAGGUGUCUUUAGGACCAUACCUGUUGGGCCAGUUGCUGUGGCUUACACCUGUAAUCCUAGACUAUUACACGUUAGAUAGACGUUAACUAUAACCUGAUGCUUCUUUUAAAAUCAUGGAGCAAAUAUUACAAAAUUUAUCUGGAUAGCAUAUUUAUUUCUCACUGUGAGUAGAAUGUGCUGGUUGUGUGUGCAUGCUAUGAGUAAGAGAGAGAGAGGAACGUUUUGAUUUGAGAGGGAUUUUGCUAAUAAUUUUUUAAGACUCUGCUUGCCGUUUCCUUAGUCGUGCUCUAACUUAGAAAAAGAAAUAAGGUGUUUAAGUUAAGAAGCUUGGUAUUUCUAAUCAGUCAUCAAGUCUAUUCAAUUUGCUUCUUCCUUUUUAUUUGCCUGAAUUACCACCUUUUUCUUUAAGUUACUGGUAAAACCAGCAUUUAUUCUUAGAAAAUUAAGUUGUAGAUGCACAGUCAGUUUUAUAGAUACUUUUUUUUCACUUCUUCAUUUUAAAUAUUGCCCUGGGUUUCUAUGUUUCUGCACAUUAGUAGAAGGUUGACUUUAAUACUUAGAAAUGAAAAUUAUUGUCUCAAUUGCCUUGUGCCUGGAAUUAGAAUUGCUUUCUUUGGUCUUCAAUCUGUAUUCGAUAUGUAUUUUGUUGAGUUUGAA